AUGGAGGCCAGGCACGAUGGUCUGUCCAAUGGCCGAGGAUUGUUUCUCUCUCGCAGCCUGCCCACUCCCCCAAUUAGGCUCCGUCCCGAGGUUUUCCCAGUCCCUCAAGUGAGCCUAGUCCCGUUGUGGCGCCAUCGUGCAUCUGAUCCACCGAGGACGGUCAAAAAUAGAAACCGCCCUUUUUGGCUUUUUGGCGGGAUCGAUCUCCGCCGAGGGAUUCUUAUGAUUCUUAUAACGCGGGCCGCCCUGGAUGCUGCAAAGAGCUUCAGAGCUUCAGAGCUUCAGAGUGCUUCUUGCGAGACGGCAGCGCGCGGCAUCGAAUUGCUGGAUAUUCUUCUCUUCUCUUCCUCGACUAUAUCUGUCUACCUGUCCAUCUUCGGUUCUACCAUCCGAUCAUUCGAUCUAUCAUCCUUCCUCGUCUUCACUCCUCCUCUUACCUAA